AUGGAAGAGGAAUACAACGUUAAAAUUGUCCUUGAAUCACGCCCAGGAAAAGAAUAUCCUGAGAAGGACUGCUUUUAAAUCACUUAUGGCAAGCCUCCAACUGAGAGCGAAGUUAAAGUUGAUCAAAUUCUUGUAAGAGUUAAAUUCAUUUCAAUCGAUGCAAGUAUGAGAGUUUGGAUUAGUGGUGCUAAAACUUACAUGGACCCUGUUAAUCCUGGUGAUGUUAUGCCUGCUAGCUGCAUCGGUGAAGUCGUCUUUUCAAGAAGCCCUGAUCUCAACAAAGGAGACUUGGUUUUAGGUUUGAUGAAAUGGUAAAAAUACUUAAUUCUAGAUCGUAAAGGAUUAAUGAAAGUUCCCAAGGAAUAUCCUAACCCUGAACACUUUUUAGGAGUUUUAGGGACAAAUGGUCUUACUGCAUAUUUUGGCAUGUUUGAUAUUGGCAAACCCCAAAAAGGAGAAACUGUAGUUGUAAGUGCUGCUGCAGGUGCAGUUGGUUAAAUUGCAGUUCAAUUAGCUAAAUCAGUUGGUGCAAGAGUCAUAGGUAUGGCUGGAUCAAAGGAUAAGUGUGAAUUUGUAAAGAGCUUAGGAGCUGACGAGUGCAUCAAUUACAAAGAGGAUGACAUCUUUAAGAAAUUGAAGGAAUACUGCCCUAAAGGUAUUGAUGUCUAUUUUGAUAAUGUUGGUGGUGAAAUCUUGGAUUUAUGCUUGUUACUUGUCAGAGACCACUGCAGAAUUGUUAUGUGUGGUGCCAUAUCUGGUUACAAUUCAACUAAACCCUAUGCAAUCAAGAAUUACCAAAGACUCAUUAUUAAGAAAGGUUUAAUGCAAGGAUUUAUAGUUAUGGAUUAUGCUAAGAGAUACAAAGAAGCUAUUGCAUACCUCGGUAAUCUUAUUUCCAAGAAUUAACUCAAACACACAGAAGAUGUUCUCUACGGUCUUGACUCUGCUCCUCGUGGGCUUAGACGUCUCAUAGGUGGUGAUAACACUGGUAAAGUAAUCAUAAAGUGUGAUUACCCUGAAAAACAACAACCUAAGCUUUGA